AUGGGAAGCAGCCAAGCCGCAGCCUCCAUCCUCAACAACAUCGCCCGCUUCGCCUUCGGUCUCGGCGCCGCCGCCACCGCCGUCAACUCCUCCCUCUACACCGUCGACGGAGGCCAACGCGCCGUCCUCUUCGACCGUUUCCGCGGCAUUCUCGAAGAUUCAAUCGGCGAAGGCACUCAUUUUCUCAUCCCAUGGGUUCAAAAGCCCUACAUCUUCGACAUUCGUACUCGUCCUCACACGUUCUCAUCGAUCUCCGGUACCAAAGAUCUUCAGAUGGUGAAUCUCACUCUCCGUGUUCUCUCUCGUCCUGAUACGCAGCGUCUUCCUACUAUUGUUCAGAAUCUUGGACUUGAGUAUGAUGAGAAGGUUCUUCCUUCGAUUGGAAAUGAGGUUCUUAAGGCGGUUGUUGCGCAGUUUAACGCGGAUCAGCUUUUGACGGAUCGGCCUCAGGUUUCGGCGCUUGUUAGGGAUAGUCUUGUUCGUCGUGCUAAGGAUUUCAAUAUUCUUCUUGAUGAUGUUGCUAUUACUCAUUUGUCUUAUGGUGCUGAAUUCUCUAGGGCCGUUGAGCAGAAGCAGGUGGCACAACAAGAGGCUGAGAGGUCUAAAUUUGUUGUGAUGAAGGCCGAACAGGAGCGUCGUGCUGCAAUUAUCCGUGCCGAGGGAGAAAGUGAUGCUGCGAAGCUGAUUUCUGAUGCUACUGCGUCUGCUGGUAUGGGGUUGAUUGAGCUUAGGAGGAUUGAGGCUUCCAGGGAAGUGGCCUCUACUUUGGCCAAGUCUCCUAAUGUCUCUUACCUUCCCGGUGGAAAGAACAUUCUCAUGGCUCUCAAUCCUUCCCGUUAA